GUUGCAGCUCAAAUUAGAAGUCGUGCAGCAUGGGACAUUUUCUGGGAAGGUGCCCAGCCUCAGAGUCAUUGGUACCAAUGAGUAGGGACGAGGAUGGAAGAAAGAAGUGACGUUCCACAAAGGCUCUGGGAGAAAGAGGCCCUGGGAGCAGAUGCAGCGAGAUGCCUGGACAAGACUGCUCGCAGUGACAUCUCCCAAUACGCAAGGAGAAUCCUUACUAUGAUUGGAUAAAAGACGCGUCAAUCUUCCAAAUAAAGAAAGCGUAACUAGAAGUUGCCGCGCAUUGACGGUGCUGAUUGGAGAGACGUUUGUUUUCUUCAAGGCUGGUUCGCCACCUAGAAAUAUGGUCACGUGGCACAUCAACUUUCACCCAGGAUAUCUAUUGCCUGACUUCCCCUUAGCAACAGAGUGGCGGUGCUUGGUUACCCAGCAACCAAGCGACGCGUCCACUUCAAGGAGAGUCCUUAGGAAGGAAAACCUGGACUUUCUCCCAGUGAAGAGCCUACCUGGUUGAUUUGAACAGUCUGUGAAGAGGAACGCAAUUUCUCAGGAAGGAUGAGCCGAUCAUAUGACUCGAUGGAUCCGAAAGUGAUGGACGAUGACAUGCUCAAGGCAGCUGUUGGGGAACAAGGCCCCCAGGAGGAGGCUGGGCAGCUAGCCAAGCAGGAGGGCAUCCUCUUCAAAGAUGUCCUGUCCCUGCAGCUGGACUUCCAAAACAUCCUCCGCAUCGAUAACCUCUGGCAGUUUGAGAACCUGCAGAAGCUGCAGCUGAACAACAACAUCAUCGAGAGAAUCGAGGGCCUGGAAAACCUCGUCAACCUGAUCUGGCUGGAUUUGUCCUUCAACAACAUCGAGACCAUUGAGGGACUGGAUACCCUGAUCAACCUGGAGGACCUGAGCUUGUCCAACAACCGGAUCUCCAAGAUGGACUCUCUAGAUGCCCUGGUGAAGCUGCAGGUGCUGUCGCUGGGCAACAACCAGAUCAGCAACAUAAUGAAUGUCAUCUACCUGCGCCGGUUCAAAUGCCUACGAACACUCACCCUCUCUGGGAACCCCAUUGCUGAGGCAGAGGAGUACAAGAUGUUCAUCUAUGCCUAUCUUCCUGACCUCGUGUACCUGGACUUCCGGCACAUUGAUGAGCAGGUGAAAGAGAUGGCGAAGCUGAAACAUCAGUACAGCAUUGAUGAGCUGAAGCACCGGGAGGCCCUGAUGCAGGCCCGGCUGGAGGAUGAGCAGGCCCGGCGGGAAAAGCUGGCGGAGCACAAGUUGGCGUUCAUUGAUCACUUGGAUGGCUCCUUCCUGUUUGACAGCAUGUAUUCUGAGGACGUGGAGGGCAACAAGCUCUCCUACCUGCCUGGUGUUGGUGAGCUCCUUGAGGCCUACAAGGACAAAUUUGUCAUCAUCUGCCUGAACAUUUUCGAGUACGGCCUGAAGCAGCAGGAGAAGCGGAAGCUGGAGUUAGACACUUUCAAUGAGUGCAUACAGGAGGCCAUCCAGGAGAACCAGGACCAGGGCAAGCUCAAGGUUGCCAAGUUUGAGGAAAGGCAUCUGCUGAACUUAAAUACCAUCCGAGAAGAGAGUGAUCUGCCCAGCAUCGAGAAGAAGCUAAUAGAGUGCAGUGAUGACAUCAAUGAGCUGUUCAACAUGCUCAUGACACUGGAAAUGCAGCUAGUGGAGCAGCUGGAGGUACAGCCAGACUGCACACAUGCAUACAUCCCUCAGCAUGCAGCUGAUGGAGCAGCUGGAGGUGCAGCCAGACUGCACACAUGCAUACAUCCCUCAGCAUGCAGCUGGUGGAGUAGCUGGAGGUGCAGCCAGACUGCACACAUCCAUACGUCCCUCAGCAUGCAGUUGCAGAACCCUGCAAGCAUGCCCUCCACAGGCUCUGCCCCUGUGUGCCCAGUGUAACCCAGUAGACAUGCAGGAGAAGACUGGGCAGGUGGAGACAGCUGGGUCUCUAGGGCUCACUGGCCAAAUAGCUUAGCAAGCAUGCUGAGUUCCAGGCCAGUGAGAGGAAAAGCAGGCAAAUGGUGUCUGAGGUUGUCCUUUGCCUCCAUCCAAUGUGCACAUAGUACAUACACACACCCCCACACACAUGUGCACACCACCAAAUAGGAACACAAGCAUGCGCACACCCACACCCACACAAUCACUUCCUUCCAGAACUAUUAAAAUACAUUAAAGGCAGGGGCUGGAAGUGCAGCUCAGUGCUUGCUUAGCACAGACAAGGCCCUGGGUUCCAUCCUCAGCGAUGCAAAAAAAAAAAAGAAAGAAAGAAAGAAAGGAAGGAAGGAAGGAAGAAAGAAAGUAAAAGAAAAGAAAAAAGAAAGGCACACACUGCUAUCUUUGCUGCCUGGGAAAGAACUCUUCUGGAGAAUGAGAGGUGAAGUUAUUCCUCUGCAAAUCUCCUCUCCCCUAUCCUAGAAGAGCCCAGAGCCUCAGAUUUCUUAUCAGAUCCAAGGGGAGGUUCGGGGGCUUCUGAGACAAGGUGGACCUCCACUCGGGAACCAAACAAAGGCUCAUCAGUGUUGCUGCCUGGGCUUGCUGUCUCAGGGUAGGCGAUGUGAGGAGCCCGUCACUUGGCACUGACAAUGGGAAAUAAAAAGCACGACUGCCUCAAAUGCAUUUGUAGCCAGGGUGACUUGUGUGUUUGCAGGCAGCCAGCCUGGGAGUUGGAAGUGGUGUGAUGAAUUGGACCUCAUCAGAUGUUGCUCUGGCUGGGCCAAGAGACAGUGCCUAAUCAAUUCCUCACACGUCAAGUGACACUUCCUACACGGGACAGAUUCGCUGUCGCACAGCACAGCAGCCGCUCAUUUCCCACCGGGAAUUGCUCUGCUCAAGUACUGCAGAGGCCGUGCGUGCAUGCGUGCAGGGGAGGGCUGCUGCUGGCCCCCAGCCCUUUCAAGCAGGGAGACUGUUUUCAGAUCCAAACAUUUCCCAGAUCUAUGCUCUUGUCCUGCCCGGGUCACCAGCCACUUAAAGCUGGAAGACACUUGCUUGUGCUUUCUAAUGUCCUUACUUUUAUUCACCAAAAUAGUGCUCACACAUGUGAGAACGGGCUCAUUUUUACAGCCUGCAGACAGGCCUUGGGCUCCUAUGGGUGUCCCGCAUCCAUGGGCUCAAGUUGUAGUGCUAGAGGUCUGUAGGAGGCAUGGAAAGGGUCUUCCAGGGGAGCAGGCUUCAUAAUCACAUUCUUCUAUCACUUUCCCAACAACAUUGAGAUCCGUUUCGGCCUCAAGUGCUCUGCUAAGUAGCAACUAACUGUUGGAAGUCUAGGGUAGCAGCUAGCACUUACCCAAGGUCCUGGCUCUGCCAGAUGCUUGGUAAAUCAUUUGGGUGAUGUAGCUAGUUUACCCCAACUAACUACCAUGGUACUACACAGAAAACCCGUCUCCCAUAUGAGGAGGCCCAGAGAGAUGAAAUGAUGUCCCUGUAGUGGAGCUGGCUCUUGAGAUCUCCCUCUACUGCUUUUGUGGAGAUGACGGCCAGAUCCUGCUGAGGGGCCUAAAAGGAAGGGGUCCAUUCAGGGAGGAGGGGAGUGAGCCCAGGAUAUGUGCUCCUGGCAGAGGCAGCUAUAGGCAAAAGGCCUGGUGACAGGGCUGCAGGAUGAUCUGGCUUAGUGGGUAAAGGCGCUAACCACCAAGCCUGAUGACCUGAGUUUGAUCCCUGGGACCCACAUGAUGGAAGGAGAGAACUGACUCCUACAAAUUGUCCGCUGAUCUCCACAUGUGCUCACACACACACACCCCACCCCCCCCCACACACACACAUGUAAUAUAAAAAAAAUUAAAACCUGGGGCUGGAGAAAUGGCCUAGCGGAUAAGAGCACUGGCUGUUCUUCCAGAGGACCCGGGUUCAAUUCCCAGAACCCACAUGGCAGCUCACAACUGUCUGUAACUCCAGUUCUAGGGGAUCCAGUGCCUCCUCCUGACUCCUAACUUCUGCAGGCACCAGGUAUACACACUGUGCACAUACAUACAUGUAGGCAAAACACUCGUAUACAUACAGUAAGUAAAUCUUUUCAAAAAACAUUGACAGCAUAAACAUUCUGGGGUAGUGAGUUGACACUGGAGAGUAGCAGGGCUCUGAAAAGGCGGGGUCAGUCCUUAGCCAUCCGCCCUACAAAGUCAAGUGGGGUGGUCUUUGCCUCUAAGGGUCUGUGAUUGGAGGUGGUGCCAAGGAUGUCGAUACCUAUAU